CGGCAUCGCGGAAAAACAUCGACUCGGCACGGAAAAAUCCGGAAAAUCGCGAAAUUCUUUUGUGAUUUUGUGCGUUUUGCCGUGGUUCGCGAUGGUGAAUGUUAUGAAAGGAGUUCUUGUGGAAUGUGAUCCUGCUAUGAAACAGUUUUUGCUGCACCUGGACGAAACUCAAUCGCUCGGUAAGAAGUUUAUCAUUCAGGAUUUGGACGAGAAGCAUUUGUUCAUCUCGGUGGAAAUCGUGGAAGUUCUGCAAGCCCGGGUGGAUGAUUUGAUGGAUCGCAUCAGCUUCCCGCUGCACGAGAAGGAAGCCUAA